CAUACCGAUUUAACACAACCCGAGGAACGGCAGGCCCGGCCCGGCCCAUACCGUCCCUUACUCCGUUCAGUUGUAUGCGGCUAACUAAAACCCUCCAAAAUCCUCGAGAAUCAAUCCGAUAAUCCCAUGGCGGCACGAUGUCUCGUCACGCCUUUCCAUAUCCGCGCCAAAAUAACGGCGCCGAGACUUGUGCUUGGGGUUCCUACCCUAUUCGGGAAAGCGUCUCGAUUCCGGGGGUCUUGCUGUUUCUGUUGCCAAACUGAAAUUGGCAUGUCGAAGUACAAAGAGAUGUUUGCCCGGAGAAUGGCUAUGGCAGGCCUCAAACCCCAUCACCGCAUUGCAAUGGCUGUUUCUGGUGGCCCCGACAGUAUUGCUCUCUGUAUAUUGACUGCUGGAUGGAAAUUUGAUUAUUUUGAUGCUGAAACCAAGGGAAGUAGUAAGUCAAAUGACGGACUCCUAGCAAUUGUUGUGGACCAUAGAUUACGAGCUGAAAGUGCAGAGGAAGCAAAUCUCGUUCACAAUCGAAUUACAGAUAUGGGAAUUAACUGUGAAGUUGUCCACUGUGAAUGGUUAAAUGGUAGACCCAAGGCCGGCCACUUGCAAGAGGCAGCUCGGAAUAAAAGAUAUGAAACAUUACGAAAUGUAUGCAUUCAACGGAAGAUUGAUGUACUGAUGGUUGCGCAGCAUGCCGACGAUCAGGCCGAGCUAUUUAUUCUCAGAUUAUCCAGAAAUAGUGGUGUUCUUGGGCUUGCUGGCAUGGCAUUUGUUUCUCAAAUGUUUCAUGAAUUUCCUGAUUUGAGUGAAAACGGAUCAGAAACUCUUGGAAUUUUAUUGGUGAGACCACUGCUAGAUUUCUCAAAACAAGACUUGUACAAUAUAUGUCAAGUUAGUAAGCAACAAUGGGUGGAGGAUCCAACAAAUAGAAGCCCCAUGUAUGCUCGUAACAGGAUCAGAAUGUCAUUAAGUAACUUAUCAUCUAUGUUUAAGGGUGAGUUGCAAGCAGUCGUAUCAGCAUGUCAAAGAGCUCGAUCUCAUGUUGAUAAAGUUUGUCAUCGUUUGUUGAGUCAAGCUGUGACCAUUGUACCUCAUGGAUAUGCUGUGAUUGAUCUAGGAAUUCUCAAUUCAAUGGAAAUCAAGGACAUUUACCUUGCAAAAUUUUCUGCCUUGGUGUUGCAGUUCAUUUCACAAAGGCAUAGGCCAGUUAGAGGGAAUGCAUCGAAGCUGCUACUAAGCUAUUUUCGUACUUUCCCAUGCAAGGCUUGUCUAACUGUAGCUGGUUGUUACCUAUGUCCAGCUCCAGGAUCAAAAGGAACAAAAGCCUUGGUAUGCUGCUCUGUUAAUUCAGCUUUGUCUCUGGAGAUGAAAAUGUUUCCUUCAUUUUCACAUGAUGGGCGGAAUUGCUCUCAUGCAACCGAUUUAGAGCAGAUUAUAGCAGGUGGUGAAGCUUAUGAGGAUAGAAAUAUGCCAGAAGACAGAAAUAUACCAGAUGCUUCUGGUGUUCCAUUUCUAGAUUUAACAUCCUCUGAAACCAUUCUAGAUGAAGCCGAAAGGAUUGGCAUACUCAGUCACUCUACCCACAAAUGUAUACUUUCUUUGCAGAAGGAAGAAAAUGCAAAAUUUAAGUCUAAGCCUAAGAACGCAUCUGACAUUGUGUCCGAAGAUGAUUUAAGAUCUGAAGGUGCAACUCUGAGUAAAUUAAUUUAUCCUGGACAAGUUGGAUACUUCAUGAAUAGGUUUGUUUUAAAUUGGAAGGAAUGGGAUACGGUACUUCCUCAUAAAGCAUCUUGUACAAAUUAUUUUGUUUCUGUCAAAGGGGUGGGUGCAGAAAGACAAUGUUGCAUUUCCUGCACAAUUGGUGGUGGGAUGGCAGCUGAAGUGCGUAAUAUGAUAGAUGCUGAUUGGAUCUAUCUUACAGAGUUGUCCAAAAUUUCCAUUUUGGAAGGCUGUGAACUGCUGGUAAAGUCGAAGCAACUUGCUGCAAACACAACGGAAUAUGCUAUCUUAUCUGCACACAGAGCUCUUGCGUCCCUGAAGUCGAUUCCAGCAGCAGCAAGGAGAACUAUGCCUGUCCUAGUUAAUGCUGAAGGAACUCUUCUGAGUAUUCCGAGCAUUGGUUUCUCAUGCUGUCCUGAUUUGAUGGUCUCUGCUGAUUUCAAGCCUCGGACACCAUUGGGUGGGGGGCACAGCUCAUUUUUGUAGUUCCUAGCUGUUGACUGCCUCAACAUCUUCUUUCAUCAAGCAUGGAAAUAUGUGAGAACGUGAAGUUGGGGUGAUGGAUGUCAUUCAACAACUGCACUGGCUAACUGAUGGAGGAAUUGGCAACAUACACAUGGAAAACUUGCUAUACUUGCUUGGACACAGGAUGUAUUUACUAUGUAAAUUGAACUUAAUAUAUUCCUAUUUUGUAUUCUUUAUGUGAUCUGUUGGAGAGGUUUAGGUUUAUGCUCUCCACCUCUAUGGACUUCAGCAAAUGAAGUAGGAACCAUUAGGUGCUAUGGCCAACGUGACUGAUGUUGCUGGUGUAGCGAAAUAUAAUGGAAGGAAAGGUUAUACCUCUGCCCAGAAUAUAUCCCUGACUGUUCAUGAUGCCGCAGCCACAAUACAAUUCUGCACCACUUAGGAUGAGAGUCUUUCAAGAAACAUUGUUUUUACCUUAUGCACAUUGAGGUUAAAUCAAGUCCUCUACCAAUGGAAGUUCUUAUAUGAUUUGAUUAGGAUGGAGUAAAGCUUGGUUAACCCAUCAAUCUGAAACUAGUUAUGGAAGUUGUGACAUUUUUAUAUUGGGCAUAGCCUGACAGGUAAUUGAUAGACUGAGCAUUUGUGAUCCACAUAAAGAAAGAUCAUUUCGGAAGGAAGCAAAAGUAAAAAGCUUGCAAGGGAGAAGCAAAGUGGAGGAGAUGACGUGGCAGGCUGUGCUCCCACAAGAAAUGCAGUGGACUCUGAUUGCUGGAUUUCGUGGAACUUCAUCUGGCAACGGUUCCCUUGUGAUUUCCUGAUAAUAUUAUGUGGAUAAGAUUGCCCCAGCAAGUCCCUGUUGCCACUACGGUACAAUAGUCUACUGUCUUACUUGCAGAUUCUCUCUUCUAUUCUCUUAUGCAGACUGCAGCCACCACCACCACCACCACUUCCAUCCUGGUAUUGCAUUAACCCAAUGUUCUUUUGAUCAAUUUCUUGGUUGCAUUUCUUGUUCAUGAAGUCCCACCUGUUGCCCUGUUGUUUUUCCUCUCUGCAAAACACAUCCAAGAUGAGAUUACUAUUCCCAACUUCUGUUCCACCAUGCCAUGAUGAAAUCCCGGGAAAUGGAUAGCUUGAAAGUCGAUUUGCAAUUCAGGAGUUGGAGAAGGUUUGCGUGCUCUUUCAAUUAUCAGUAAGCAAAGUAUGGAAGGCCGCGGUCGAGACAAUGCCCAGCUAAUAAUAGGUGGAAA